GGUUCAGUCAGCGGAGUCGGCCGGACCAUGGUAAAUGGCCAUGUACUACUACGCCACGAGGUGGUUCUCCGAACGCAGCCUCGCGCCGCCCCCGCGCAGACACCGCAGCCGCCAGCAGCCGCACGGACAGCCUCCGCCGCUGCCUCAGCAGAGUGCCGCCUCCACGCCGCCUCCGUCGUCGCCCCGACAGCAACAGCAGCCGCAGCCGCCGCCGCCGCCGGUCGCCAAACAGCAGACCAAACAGGCGAAGAAGAGCGAAGCGGCGGCCUCGUCUUCGAGUAGCAGGGGCUCCGAGUCGCCGCAGCCACCAACAUGCGAAAAUCAGCAGCAGCAGCAGCAGCAGGCGCCGAUUUACGAGCAGGCGAACGGCCCUCUGGAGCCCCUGCUGGCCAAAAUGGUGCCCAAAGACGACUACUUCCCAGACAGAGCGUUUCUGUUCGCCUUCCUGCUCUCGGCCCGCCUUUUCGUCCAGCCGCACGAAUUGCUCAGACGACUCUCUCGACUCUGCGAACCCAAAUUGCAGAACGGCUGCUCUGCGGGCCAUUGGGUGCGGCUGCUAGCCGAGUGGACGGCCGCCUUUCCCUACGACUUCCGCGACGAGCGCGUCAUGGCCGAGGUGCGCGAGAUGACGCAGCGUUGCGUGGCGCAGGAGCCGCAGCGUCGCGUGCAGGUGUCGCUGCUGCUGGAAAAGCUGCUCGAGAGACUGACCGCCGCCGAACAAUACGAGCAGUUUGUCCACAAAUCGGCCUCCUCGAAGGUCGACUCGCUCAAGGACCUUCAUCUGGCCGAGUUGACGGCAGCGAGCGGCAGCCCGGCGCGCAUGGCCGCCGCCCUGGCAGUCCUCGAGCUCGAGCGGCUCUCCUUCGUCGGCCCUGAGGAGUUUGUGCAGGCGUUCGCCAGGGAGGCGAACCUGCACUCGAGCCUGAGGGAGGCCAAACGCACCAGCACCAACCUGGAGAACUACGCCGACUGGUUCGACCGGCUGGCCGCCCUCGUCGCCACGCACGUCCUCAAACACUCGCAGGCCGGCGACCGCACCAAGGAAAUCGAGUUUUGGACAAGCGUCGCCAAAGAGAGCGUCCGCAUCGGCAAUCUCAACUCGGCCAUGGCCGUCGUGGCCGCCUUCGACGCCAUUUCCCACGACAAGCUCACCGACACGUGGAGCCAGGCGCAGAUCGAGGAGCUGGCCGACCUGCGCAGACUUUCCACGGAUGACGGGUUUUACAAGGCGACAUUGGCCGCCGCGGCCGCCAAGGCUAAGAAGGAACGGCUCGCGGUCGUCGUUCCCUGCUUCAGCGUCCUACUCAAGGAACUCUUCGCACUCAAUCGAAGCUGCUGUGACAGAUUGCCAAACGGCCAGGUGAACUUUGACACGUUCACCGAGCUGGCCGAGAAGAUGAGCGAACUGAUGGUGUGGACGCGUGCCAAGUGUCCCUUCGAAAAGGAUCAAGGCCUGGCCCUGCUUUUGCAGACCUCGCCCGUGCUCAGUCCCAAAGGUCUGGAAGAAGCUUCUUCAGUGCUGGAGCGGGACGGAGGAAAGUGAUUGCCCCUCGAAUCCAAAUUACGUGCCUGAACCCCGACAGUUUGUGUCGCGCGCGCGCCGACGUGUACUAUUAUACUGUGUAUAUUCGCGCGGGAACGGAGAACGACGAGUUGUUUUAACCACAAAUUAAUAAAUUUAAGCCGGUAUUUA